AUGUGCCUCUGCAUCUACAAAGGUGGAGCCACAUACCAGAAACAGCAAGAUCAUUUACCAGGCACAAAGGACUACAAGCAUGUCGCUCCCCCGAACCCCACCACUUCGUCGCACUCCGCUCGCUACCUCUGUCUAAUCGAGGUUCUCCGGUGCAAAGGAACGUUCGAGCCCCGAUUCGACGUGGAGCACGCCACUGCCUGGCUUGCCUGGGCCCAUGGUGCUCGCUGGCUCGUGCGGAUGCUCUUCGAGUCCUACGCUCUAGCGACCGCUCACGGCGACACCCGCAUCCCCCUUCCAUCCGGUAUCCCCGAGGUCUGCGAGCUUAUUGAGCACCUGGACUGCGUGUUCCUCAACCUCCGCUCCGAGCAGAACGAGGCGCCGCUCCUAUACGCGACCAUCCCUUGGUCCCCGGACCAGCUUCAGAAGGAGCAAGCCGCUGCGGAAGAAGCCCGACCCCCUCCUCCUCCAUCGUAUAAUGAUCCUCCCCUCCGCCUCUCCUCCCUCCGCAGUUCGACCGACAACUGGGACCGCGUCCUUGCCGCGACGGACCGUUCCUUGGAUGUCCUCCGCCUCGAGCUUGGCCACCUCCACCGCGGCCUGGCUGAGGCCCGGAUCGACCAGCUGUCCGUGAUGCGCGAAGUAGUCUCCAUCUCGGGCCGUCUAGAGGACAUAUGUGACGCGCGAGACAUCCCUCCCCCGUUGGAAUUAAUCCGUGACUGAACCCUUACGAGUAGCAUCUUCCUCCGUCCGGUUUGUUCCCCCCCGGUACCCGUAUGUCCUGGCAUGUAACAGCUUGCGGAGUUCAAUAGAUCUGACUUGUG